AGCCGCUUGUACGGAAGGGGCGGGGCUUUGCCCGCUCCCCGUGCCAGAGCAAAGUUCGUUCGCAGCUCUCGCGAGACGACGGUGCGCGCGCGCACUCCCCUCCGCCUUUCCUCUUCUCGCCACUUGAAAUCUCGCGGGGGAGGGCUCGGGUUGAUUCUCGCGAGAAGCGGCCGUCAUCUCGCGAGACUUGGCGGGUGCCCCCCUUGGCCGCGGAGCCGUUUCGCUUUGGGAAGUGAGCGGGGGGCGCUGGGGCCGGGCCGGGCCGGGGCGGCGGGGCCGAAGGGCCGCGCGGUGAGGCCCGGUGCUGAGGGUGGGAACAGGGCGGGCGGGGACAGGACAGGACGGGAGGGGAGGGAUCGUGGGCCCAGGUCCCGCCUUCCCGGGGCUCCCCCCGCGGCGGCGCUGCCCUCCGGGCCUGGGCCCCUCGGAUGAGGCGCUGAGGCCCGGUGCCCUUCCCCGCCCCUCCCGGUUCCGCUCCCCCCCCCCCUUCCCUGUUCUCCCCUUCCGCCCCGCGCUCUCCGCCCCGCUCCCCAUGCGGCAGGGGGUGCCGGCGGCAGGGGGGCGGUGAAUGGUGCGAACGGAGGGCGCUGAGGGAGUUUGAAGUUCGGGGGUUUCGGAGGAGCGCCCCCCCCUCCCCCUGUCCGAGCACAGUGGAGGAGGAAUGCCAAACCCGGAGAGACAUGGGGGCAAGAAGGAUGGGGGCGGCGGGGGGGCCUCGCAGCACGCGCCGGGCAGCUCCAACAGCAAGGAGAGGCACCGGGUGGCUUCCAGGCACAAGAGGCACAAAUCCCGGCACUCCAAGGAGUCACCGUUGGCCGCCCAGGAGACGGCGGCACCUCUGGGAGCUGUGAUCAAACCGCUGGUGGAGUACGAUGACAUCAGUUCGGAUUCGGACACCUUCUCGGAUGAUGUGGCCCUCAAAUUGGACAGGAGGGAGAACGAGGAGAGGAAAGCGGAUAGGAGCGAAAGGACGCAGAAGCACCGGCACCACCAGCACAAACGCAUCCGUGAGCUGAUGAAGAGCAAACAGGCAGAGAAAGAGAGGAAGUUGGAAAAGAGCCUGGAGGCCUCCAGCAGGUCCGGGUCUACCAAGGACAGGGUAUCGGGGUCCUCCAAGAGACUGCUUGAAAGCGGGGAGCACCCGAAGGCGCUGUCCUCAAAGAGUAGCAACAAGGAAUCCCGCUCAGCCAAAGCGCACAAGGAGAAGUCCAGGAAGGAUCGGGAGCUCAAGUCCAGCCACAAAGAGCGCAGUAAAAGCCAUCGCAAAAGGGAUGCUCCCAAAAGUUAUAAAACCGUUGACAGUCCGAAACGGAAAUCCAGAAGUCCCCACAGAAAAUGGUUGGACAGCCCAAAAUUGGACGACAGCCCUUCUGGAGCCUCCUACGUCCAGGAGUACGACCUCAGCCCGCCCCGCUCGCAUACGUCCAGUAACUACGAUCCCUACAGGAAGAGCCCCGGCGGCUCGUCGCGCCGGCAGUCCAUCAGCCCACCCUACAAGGAACCCGUGGCCUACCAGUCCAACACACGGUCUCCCAGUCCCUACAGCCGGAGGCAGAGGUCCAUAAGCCCUUAUAACAGGAGACGCUCCUCGAGCUACGAGAGGGGGAGUGGAUCGUACAGCGGGCGCUCACCGAGUCCCUACAGCCGAAGGCGCUCCAGCAGCCCUUUUGCUGCCAAGCGCUCCAUGAGCCGAAGCCCCAUAGCCAGGAAGUCUGUGAAGUCCCGAAGCAGAAGCCCGGGAUAUUCGAGGCACUCAUCAUCUCACAGCAAAAAGCAGAGGUCUGGGUCCCGCAGUCGCCAUUCCAGUAUAUCACCCACAAGGCUGCCUCUGAACUCCAGCCUGGGGGCAGAGCUCAGCAGGAAGAAAAAGGAACGAGCGGCGGCGGCGGCAGCGGCUGCGAAGGUGGAUGGGAAGGAGGUGAAGGGCUCCCCUGUUUUCCUGGCGAAAAAGGAGAACAGCUUAGCUGAACUGAAGGAGUCUGGAACGGAAUCUAAAAAGGUCGUCAAAACUGUUAGAUCUGAAAAGUCAUCGUCAGAUACAGAAUUAGUUAAUUUACUGUGUUCAAAUGCAGAGACUAAAGCACCUGCAGAGACAACAAAAACCAAGGCAGAGGAGAACUCGGAAAGGAAACAUCCUGUUCCAGUUAGAGAUUCGAAACAGCUGGGAACAAAAGACUCGAAGCCUGUAGCAGUGACAGAGGACCUUCGAUCUCCAAAGGAGACAGACACAGCAGAGAAGGAGAUUCCACCCCCGCUGCCCUCCAUAAAAUCACCUCCUCCACCUCUGCCGACCACCACACCGCCGCCUCCGACUCCACCGCUGCCACCUCUGCCUCCAUCACCUGCUGUUCCACCUUUGCCUCCAUCCCAACAGACUCCCGUUCAGGUUCCUCCUUCAGUCCCAACGUCUUUGUCAUCAUCUUCCCACCCAAGGACGUCUACUUUAUCCUCUCAGGUGAACUCCCAGUCCUCUGUCCAAGUCGCUACAAAAACACAAGCAUCUGUGACGGCUGCUAUCCCACACCUGAAAACUUCAACGUUGCCUCCGCUUCCGCUCCCCCCUAUUUUAGUUGGGGAAGAUGACUUGGAUAGUCCAAAAGAGAUUCUUCCUCCAAAACCUGUGAAGAAAGAUAGAGAGCAGAGACCACGGCAUUUACUCACGGACCUCCCGCUCCCUCCAGAGCUCCCUGGAGGGGAUCCAUCUCCUCCUGACUCCCCGGAACCAAAGGCAGCCACACCACCUCAGCAACCCUUCAAAAAGAGACCAAAAAUCUGUUGUCCUCGGUAUGGGGAAAGGAGGCAGACAGAAAGCGACUGGGGGAAGCGUUGUGUGGACAAGUUUGAUAUCAUUGGAAUUAUUGGAGAAGGGACGUAUGGGCAGGUGUACAAAGCCAAGGACAAGGACACAGGUGAAUUGGUAGCUCUCAAGAAGGUGAGACUGGACAAUGAGAAGGAGGGCUUCCCCAUCACAGCCAUCCGCGAGAUCAAAAUCCUUCGGCAGCUGAUCCAUCGUAGUGUUGUGAACAUGAAGGAAAUCGUCACGGACAAACAAGAUGCACUGGAUUUCAAAAAGGACAAAGGUGCCUUUUACCUUGUAUUUGAGUACAUGGACCACGACCUAAUGGGGCUGCUAGAAUCUGGCUUGGUACAUUUCUCAGAGGACCAUAUCAAGUCUUUCAUGAAACAGUUAAUGGAAGGUCUGGAUUACUGUCACAAAAAGAAUUUCCUUCAUCGGGAUAUUAAGUGCUCCAACAUCUUAUUGAACAACAGUGGGCAAAUCAAACUUGCAGAUUUUGGACUUGCCCGACUCUACAGCUCGGAGGAGAGCCGUCCAUACACAAAUAAAGUCAUCACAUUAUGGUAUCGACCUCCAGAAUUGCUGCUAGGUGAGGAGCGUUACACGCCAGCCAUAGAUGUGUGGAGCUGUGGCUGUAUCCUCGGGGAACUGUUUACAAAGAAGCCUAUUUUUCAAGCCAAUCUGGAACUGGCUCAGCUUGAAUUAAUCAGCCGGCUCUGUGGGAGCCCCUGUCCAGCAGUGUGGCCCGAUGUCAUCAAGUUGCCCUACUUCAACACUAUGAAACCCAAGAAGCAAUACCGAAGGCGCCUGCGUGAGGAGUUCUCCUUCAUUCCUUCAUCUGCUCUUGACCUGCUGGACCACAUGCUGACGUUGGACCCUGGCAAGCGCUGCACAGCAGAGCAGGCCCUGCAGAGUGACUUCCUUAAGGAUGUUGACCUCAGCAAAAUGGCACCUCCAGACCUUCCCCACUGGCAGGAUUGCCAUGAGCUGUGGAGCAAGAAACGACGACGGCAGCGGCAGAGUGGGAUUGCAGUGGAGGAGCCACCAUUAUCAAAAGUUUCUCGGAAAGAAACUACCUCUGUUACAAGCACAGAUACUGUCAAAAACAACAGCAGUCCUGUGCACCCACAGCCUGCCCAGCUCAAAACAGAGGCUGGUGCUGGAGAUGCAGUAGCAGGCCUUGGAGAAAUCACCCAGCAGCUGAAUCAGAGUGAACUAGCUGUUUUACUGAACUUGCUGCAGAGCCAGACUGAUCUGAGCGUCCCACAGAUGGCCCAGCUGUUAAAUGUACACUCUAACCCAGAGAUGCAGCAACAGCUGGAGGCUCUCAACCAGUCCAUCAACGCUCUGACAGAAGCCACAACUCAGCAGCAGGAGUCUCAGGCAGCAGCAGCAGCAGCAGAGGAAGCCAUAGAAGAGCCACCCACGGAGGCCCAGCCACCGGAGGAGCAGGUGACUCCAGAAGCAGCUGGUGCUCAGGGAGACAUGCAGAACGUGCUGGCCGUUCUGCUCAGUCAGCUGAUGAAGAGCCAGGAGCCUGUCCUAACCCUGGAGGAAAGCAAUGGGGAGAAGAGCAGCGAGCAGCGGGGGCUGAGAAAAACCCCUACAAUGCAUCAGGAGGAAAGCACAGCAACAUCCUGUGACGACCUCACCAAAUUGUAGAAGCGUCUCCUGAGUAUGUCUCAGACUCUCCAGGGAGCCUCUUUUGGCCCGAUACACAACUCCUCUGCAAUGUAGCUGAACGUGCUGUGUUCUCGUGCCUUCAACACACCCGCCCACCACAAGCCAGUUGUGAUUGUGCUUUUUUUCCUUUUUUUCUUCUUUUUUUUUUUUUUUUUUGCCCUAGUACUGGAAUAUAAUUAGGUUAUUGUAGAGCAGAUUCAAUGAAAUAACAUUGUUCUCUGUUUAUUUUAAAUGCUGCGCUGUCCCCAGAUCAGCUUAGCUUUAAAAUUACCUGAAGAUUGUUUUCUGGAUUUAAAUACAAUCUAGUUUUAAAGUGGACUGAUGGAUACGGGUGGAGGGGUGGUCCUGGAAGACUACUGGUUUUCACAAUAAAGUUUGACCUUUUUAAUAACCACUUUUGCACAUGAUUUGAGGAUCUGAUUCGAACAAGGUGUUGGUGGCCUCUCACAUCAUCGCCAGUAAUUGCCUUAUUGCCCCGUGGCCGAUGCUUUUGUUGGUGGGUGAGACCAAACCAGUGCAGUGGUGUUGCUCUGUGGGUCAGGGCUGGUUUUGUGAACGUGGUUGGUGCACAGUGUGUCACCUCCUGUGCGCGGUGUCACCCCUGGCCGUGGCACUGCCCGAGCAGGGGGAUGCCCCAGCUCUGCUCUCAGCUUUUUGCACCGUAACCAAACUGCUUUGUGAGCUGGUGGGGACGCCCUGCGAGGAGUGCUCACGUUCUGAUAGGAGGGAUCCUCUAGAAAUAGGAGUUCUUGUUGCUUCAGGUCUGCUUUGGGGAGGGUGAAGCGGGGGGGCUGAUCCACGUGUCGCAGUCGGAACGCUGCAGAUAGUUGUGGGUUGAGAUUUUUGGACUGUACUUAACAAGGUCACGAAACCAGCGAAGUCCCCGUGAGCAGAGAGAGGGGCUGCUUCGUGGCUGGGAGCUCAGCAGGGCUGCAGACAGCAGCUGGCACUUGGGGUCGGGGCUGCUUCUUGCCUUACACCCUCCCGCAGGGCACACGGUGGCACACAGUCGGUGCCAGGCAGCACAGCACUGGGGUCCCUCUGCUUUCCAGGAACGCUGCUCCGUGCUGCUCUGCAUCUGGCUGCCUCCCCGUUAGCCUUUGAUCCAGGAGCAGGAAUUCCCUCUGCGGAUGCCCAUGUGUUAGGACAGCUGUUGCUGAGCGCUUGGGAGUGUGGGGGACUGGGGUGAGUGCGGGGAGAACGUUAAUGAACGUGAGCAGUGAUCUCACACCGAAUGGCAGCUUUCAGAAUUCUCCGCCUCUUUUUCCAGUGCUUCCUGGAGAGCGGAUGGUCUCGGCAGGGCUGUUUGCUUUUCGUUUUACUUGGUAGAAAUGUAUUGAUAUCUGCUUCGCGUGGUUGUUAAGAUGUUGUUUAAAAGGAGUAACCCUU